AUGUCUACUACUACACCUACCACACCUACCACACCUACUAUUAAAUUAAAUUCUGGUUAUGAAAUGCCAAUUGUUGGAUUUGGUUGUUGGAAAGUUACUAAUGCCACUGCUGCUGAUCAAAUUUAUAAUGCCAUUAAAACUGGGUAUAGAUUAUUUGAUGGAGCUGAAGAUUAUGGUAAUGAAAAAGAAGUUGGUGAAGGGAUAAAUCGUGCUAUUAAAGAAGGAUUAGUUAAACGUGAAGAAUUAUUUAUUGUAUCAAAAUUAUGGAAUAAUUAUCAUUCACCAGAAAAUGUUGAAAAAGCUUUAAAUAAAACAUUAAAUGAUUUAAAUUUAGAUUAUUUAGAUUUAUUUUUAAUUCAUUUCCCAAUUGCAUUUAAAUUUGUUCCAUUGGAAGAAAAAUAUCCUCCAGGAUUUUAUUGUGGUGGUGAUGGUGGUGAUAAUAAAUUCCAUUAUGAAAAUGUUCCAUUAUUAGAUACUUGGAAAGCAUUAGAAAAAUUGGUUAAUUUAGGGAAAAUUAAAUCAAUUGGGAUUUCUAAUUUUAAUGGUGGAUUAAUUUAUGAUUUAAUUAGAGGGGCCACUAUAAAACCAGCAGUUUUACAAAUUGAACAUCAUCCUUAUUUACAACAACCAAGAUUAAUUGAAUUUGUUCAAAAUCAAGGAAUUGCCAUUACUGCUUAUUCAUCAUUUGGUCCUCAAUCAUUUUUAGAAUUACAAUCUAAAAAAGCUUUAGAUACUCCAACUUUAUUUGAACAUGAAAUUAUUAAAUCAAUUGCUGAUAAACAUGGUAAAUCAUCAGCUCAAAUAUUAUUAAGAUGGGCUACUCAAAGAAAUAUUGCUGUUAUUCCUAAAUCAAAUAAUCCCGAUAGAUUAGCUCAAAAUUUGGCAGUAGUUGAUUUUGAUUUAACUGAUGAAGAUUUACAAGCUAUUUCUAAAUUAGAUAUUGGAUUAAGAUUUAAUGAUCCUUGGGAUUGGGAUAAAAUCCCCAUCUUUGUUUAA